AUGGCGAACCAACUUCCCUUUCCAUCUUUCACUAGGGUAUGGCAUAACAAAAUCUAUCCGACCAUCGACCCGAGCCAGAAUCCGUCCAUCGCAGCUACAGGAAAGAAAGUGGUCAUAUCCGGAGGAGGAUCGGGAAUCGGUCCUCAUAUUGUCAAGGCUUUCGCCGCGGCGGGGGCCCUCCAAAUUGUGAUUUUCGGUCGCAGGAUCGAGACUCUCAAGCGAACCCAGGAGAAGGUCAAGAGGGAAUUUCCUGGCACUGAGGUCGACGUGCUGGUGGCUGAUAUCGCCGAUGAACCCUCUGUGUGCAAACUAGCAGCCGACAUCAAACGGUUAUAUGGGACUUGGGAUGUUUUCGUAUCGAAUGCGGGGUAUUCACCCGAGCUGUUAAGUGUCACGGACUCAAUAACCAGUGAAUGGUUCAAAGCUUUCGACGUCAACGUCAAAGGCAAUUUCCUUCUGGUACGCGAGUUCGCCCCCUUUGCAGCUGCCACCGGAGCUGUCUUCGUGCACGUCUCCAGCGGUGCUUGUCACGCUCUUCCUAGGCCCGGCCAUUCCGCAUAUUGUGCCGCCAAAUUGGCCAGUACGAAGAUAAUGGAGCAUUUUCAAAGAGAAUGUUCCCAUAUACGUUUUACCAGCAUUCAUCCAGGUAUCAUUCCGACAGAGAUGGCCAACACGCUUUUCAAAGUCUCCAAAGCACUCCCAAUCGAUGAUGCAAGCCUUCCGGCGGCCUUCGCAGUCUGGGUUGCGAGCAGCGAAGCGGAUUUUGCCAGGGGCCGGAUGCUGUGGUGCAACUGGGACGUUGGAGAGUUGAAGAUGAGAGCAAGUGAGAUUAUUGAGAAGAAUCUCCUUGUAACUUCGCUUGAAGGCUGGGCCACCUAUUUUCCAGACCCGAGUUCGGAGGUAUACAAAGGGAUUCUGGCGGAGUUUUUGGGGUAA